AUGGCUUCAGAAUCAGGCCCUGCAGUGCCUGCUCUGCCUCUGCAGGAUCGAGUUGCCAUUGUCACUGGUGCCUCACGGGGCAUAGGCCGAGGCAUCGCCCUUCACCUAGCCGGUCUUGGUGCCCGAGUUGUCGUUAACUAUGUUGCUAGUUCAGCUGAAGCCGAUCAAGUUGUUGCCAAUAUCAACUCAACCUCGGCCGCAGGGAGCAGCCAACGAGCCAUUGCUUGGCGGGCAGAUGUGUCGGAUCCAGAGCAAGUGAAGUCUCUGUUUGAUGCAGCUGAGCAGGCAUUUGGAUCUCAGGUCCAUAUCCUUGUUAACUCUGCUGGAAUUUCAGAUCCUACUUACCCUUAUAUUGCCGAUACACCAUUGGAGAUUUUCGACCAUCUUUUCAGUGUGAACACGAGGGGAUGUUUUCUGUGCUGCAAAGAAGCAGCAAACCGAGUAAAACGCGGCGGUGGAGGGCGAAUAAUACUGAUAUCGUCGACAGCAGUGGUGGCAACGACAGCGGGGUUAGGAGCGUACACAGCAUCGAAAGCAGCAGUGGAGGCAAUGGCGAAGGUGGCGGCGAAGGAGCUGAGUGGGACUGGAAUAUCAGUGAACUGCAUAGCGCCGGGGGCGACGGCGACAGAGAUGUUUUACAAAGGAAUAAAUGAGGAAGGAGUGAAGAAAGUGAUUGAGAAGUGUCCGAUGGGGAGGAUUGGUGUUCCAAAAGAUGUGGCUUCUUUCGUUGGGUUCUUGGCGUCUGACGAUGGGGAGUGGAUCAAUGGUCAAGUCAUUCUCGUCAAUGGCGGCAUUGUGUAGCUUCUCAUCAUGGCGGAAGGUUGAGUGAUAAUUCAUCAAUCAUCAACUUUUAUAUAUAUAUAUAUUCUAAGUUUGGUAUUUUGUUUAUAUCUAUAUUUGGUUAUUGUUCUUUUAAAGUUUUAGAAUUUGUGGAGAAUUUUUACAUUGUUUUUAAGGAUUUUUUUAAGAAAAGUAAAAUUUCUAUCCCAUGACUUGGUUGGAAA